AUGCGCGCGGCGGAACUGAAGGCAUACGCGGAAAGUCCGCGCAACUGGGCGGAGCUCGCGGAAGCGUUCAACAGCAGCAGCCGGUUCGCGCGGCUGCGGAGCAUCCGCGUGGCGGUCGCGGGGCGCAACGCGUUUGUCCGCGUGGAGUGCGGCACGGGCGACGCGAUGGGCAUGAACAUGGUUUCCAAGGGCACCGCGAGCGUGCUCGGCGCGCUGCGGGACGCGUUCCCGGAUAUGCGCGUUGUGAGCAUGUCGGGAAACUACUGCGCGGACAAGAAGGCGACUGCGGUCAACUGGAUACACGGCCGCGGGAAAUCUGUUGUCUGCGAAGCCACCAUUCCCGGCCACGUGGUACGUUCCCCCCCGCCCUGCCCCCACCCGCUCCCUGCCUCCAUACGUACUGCGAUCCUCUCUUUCCCCUUUGCUCGAUCCAUGUCGGGGAAUUACUGCGCGGAUAAGAAGGCGACUGCCGUUAACUGGAUACACGGCCGCGGGAAAUCCGUCGUCUGCGAGGCUACUAUCCCCGGCCACGUGGUACGUUCCCCGCCUUUCCCCCUUGCCCCCUUCUCCGGCCCCUUACUGCGGUCAACUGGAUCCACGGGCGCGGGAAAUCUGUCGUCUGCGAAGCCACCUUCCCCGGCCACGCGGUACGUUCCUCCCCGCCCUUCCCCGCCCCUCUUUUCCCACCCCCAUUACUCUCCCUACAAUCCCGGCCUCCUCACCCUCCUCCCCUCCCGGCACCCUGCCCUCCGCACUCUCCUGCCCUCCGCACCCUCCUGCCCUCCUCCCCACCCUCCCCCGCCUCCCCCGACCUUGCUUUCCCACUCCCCUUGCCCUCCCCGACACCCUGCCCUACCCUCCUCCUCACCCCUCUGCCCUCACUCCCCUGUCCUUCUCACCCCUCUGCCCUCACUCCCCUGUCCUCCUCACCCCUCUGCCCUCACUCCCCUGUCCUUCUCACCCCUCUGCCCUCACUCCCCUGUCCUUCUCACCCCUCUGCCCUCACUCCCCUGUCCUUCUCACCCCUCUGCCCUCACUCCCCUGUCCUCCUCACCCCUCUGCCCUCACUCCCCCUGUCCUCCUCACCCCUCUGCCCUCACUCCCCUGUCCUUCUCACCCCCCUGCCGUCCUCAUUCCCUCCUCUCCUCACCCCCUGUCCUCCCCCCCUGUCCCUCCAUUCCUCCUGCCUCUUCACCUUCCGACCCUCCCGACCCCUUCGAGCUCAACACAGUGAAGAACCUCGUGGGUUCGGCCAUGGCGGGCGCGGUGGGCGGCAGGCAACGCGCACGCGAGCAACAUCGUCACGGCCGUCUUCCUGGCGACGGGGGUGGUGUGGUGGAAUCGGUGCUAAAGACAACGGUUGCCGCCCUGGUGGAGCUAAACACGGUGAAGAACCUGGUUGGUUCCGCCAUGGCGGGCGCGGUGGGCGGCAGCAACGCGCACGCGAGCAACAUCGUCACGGCCGUCUUCCUGGCGACGGGGCAGGACCCCGCGCAGAACGUGGAGAGCCUGGUGGUUUUUGCAUGCCUCAACCGCUCUGUACUCCUCUGUCUUCCCAUUCCUCCGUUGAUCCCCCUGCUGCUCCUCCGUGUUCUCGCAGGGUCGGCCAUGGCGGGCGCGGUGGGUGGAUGCAACGCGCACGCGAGCAACAUCGUCACGGCCGUCUUUCUCGCCACGGGACAGGACCCCGCGCAGAACGUGGAGAGCUCGCAGUGCCUCACGCUUCUCGAAGCCGCGAAUAACGGCGAAGAUCUGCACGCCUCGGUGACCCUGCCUGCGAUUGAAGUCGGCACUGUUGGGGGAGGAACGUUCCUCGCACCGCAGUGCCUCACACUGCUUGAGAGCGCCAAUAACGGCACCUAUCUGCACGCGUCUGUCCCGCUCCCCGCGAUUGUAGUGGGCACUGUUGGCGGAGGAACCUUCCUCGCACCGCAGGCAGCAGCACUGGCCUUGCUGGGCGUGAAGGGCGCCCACAGGACACAGCCAGGGCUGGCAGCUGGCGCGGGUGGUGGCGGCAGCAGUGCUGGCGGGGAGCUCUCGCUCUGCUCUGGAGGCGAAUUAAACUCAUCUCUAUCCACCCCUACCUGCUUUCUUGCUACCUUCCCUCACACAGGCUGCCGCUUUGGCUUUGUUGGGAGUGAAGGGCGCCCACAGAACGCUGCCGGGGCUGAAGGCGCAGCAGCUGGCGCGGGUGGUGGCAGCAGCAAAUGA